AUGGAGGAGCACAAGCGUGCGGAGACGGAGAAGGACCUGUUCGGGGAGGUGCGGCUGGGGUUCCUCGUGCCGGAGGCCCUGGACCUCGACAUGGCCACAGAGGACAUGGCCGCCUUCCUGCGGCUCAUCGUGAGCUGCGGGCGGCGGAAGAAGAUCCUGUCAGCGCGGGCUGUGGAGUACCUCAGCAAGUUGCUGCAGAGCAGGAGGUGGCAGAGGGUAUUGCACAGCGACUUGGAGCUGAUGAAUCAGCUCAAUAGCUUCGUGGAGGAGUACCCAGAGGCGAAGAAGUCCUUGGACCUCUCGGAGUUGGGCCCUCCGGUGGACAGCGGCGCGGCGCGGCCGGCGCUGCCUGCCACGCUGGACGAGGAGACCGCCAGGCUCAUCCAGCAGCCCCUGGACGCGGGCCUGCAAGGCAUGGCCAAGUGCAGCUGGCGCUUCUCAGGCGACGCGGACGCGGAGGCCUUCAAGCAGUUCAAGCAGGGCAUCAACCGGCUCAGCAAUACCGCGCUGGCAAAGGAGGCCAAGCUCGCAGGAGCCUUUUCGCGCGCGGCCUGCUGGGAGCGCUGGGUUGGGCUGCGAGUAUGGAGUGCUUGA